AUGGCACAAAGAACCCCUCAAAUCUACAAACUGUUCCAAUAUGUCUGCGCGGGACUGGCUCUCAUAGCCGCCGUCGAGUAUUUCAAAUACUCCACUAGGAUAAAUUAUGAAUGGUUCCAUUGCACACUAGUGGAAGAGCCAUGGGAGCAGGGCUCGUCGCUCUCAAGGCUUUACGCGGUUGGCGGGCCUAGCUGUGACAAGCGUGGUGAGUUGAAGACAAUUAUGAAGAAAAUAACUAGGGGCUUCGAUCUACAGAAAGAGGGUAUCUCUUUCUGUAUUAAGGAAGACCUGGAAGUCCCCUCUGUCCACUAUCCUAUUCAUGACAAGAAGGGCGCACCUGGGUAUGUAGCAUACGCUAGUUACGACUCAGAUUCUCGGGACAUUAGAGAGGUUUGUGAGGACGCCCCCGUUUUGCAUAUAUAA